AUGGCUGCCGCCGGUACCGAGUCUCUUCGGUGGAACUUGGCCGAGGAAGUGGGAGUUUCGGGUUGUAACCGCAAUAUCGUUAAUGGGUCGGGUUCUGUUUCCGAGGAGUUUCAUGUUCUAGCUGUGGAUGAUAGUAUUGUUGAUAGGAAGCUUAUCGAGCGCUUGCUGAAGAGUUCUUCGUUCAAAGUUACGGCUGUGGACAGUGGUACUAGAGCUCUGCAGUACCUUGGUUUGGGUGGAGAGAAGAGUUCUUCCGCUGUUGGUUUCAAUGAUUUGAAGGUCAAUCUCAUUAUGACCGAUUACUCCAUGCCAGGCAUGACUGGAUACGAGCUGCUUAAAAAGAUCAAGGAAUCUAAAGCGUUUAAAGAGAUCCCAGUUGUGAUAAUGUCAUCAGAGAACGUCUUGACCCGGAUCCAUAGUUGUCUGGAAGAAGGUGCCGAGGACUUCCUGGUAAAGCCUGUGAAAAAGUCCGAUGUCACGAAGCUUAAGGACUUCAUGGUGAAAGGUGAUCAAGCCGAGAAAGGCAAGAGAAGGAGCAUCAAGAGAAAGGUGGAAGGUGACUUUGUUGAGCCUAAAAUGGUUACUGCUACUAAUACUACAAUUGCCUCUUCUUCAGAGGAGGAUCAAUCAUCCUCCGCAUCCCAUUCUCCAUCAUCAUCAUCUCUGUGUUCAUCUCCCUCUUGCAAAAGAAGCAGACUGCAAUAG